CUCUUCUUUCUCCUUCUUUCCAGAAUUUUCGCCAUCUCCAACCCUACUCCAAUUUGGAUUAAAUAUAAUCUUUAGCUUUCCUCCGUAAUCUUCUUCACCAAUCUUCCUUCUUUCCCUCGAAUUCCUUCGAUUGCUCCUUCAAGCUCCGUUCCCAGCAAUGUCAUGGUACCGAAGAACCAAACUCGUCUUCGAUUCCCUGCGGCGCAAUAUAAACCCGAAGAUUCUUCCUCGUCCUCAUGUUCCCACGAGAAUCAACCCAAAUGGGUCUUCUAAUCCCUCAGCUAAAUUUUCUGGGUUCUCCUCAAUUUCUUCGCGCGGAGUCGGGUUACGAGUACGACCAUGGACAUCUCUCGAGAAGACGAACACGAUCGCGUAUAAUCCCUUCCUGAGCUUAUCCAAGAGAAAUUACUACGUCGAUCGUUACCAGGUUCGUCAUUUCAAGCCACGUGGACCCAGACGGUGGAUUCAAAACCCUAGGACAGUGUGGACGGUGGUGCUGAUUAGCUCCGGUGUUAUCAUCACUCUGUUUUUCGGCAACUUAGAGACGGUCCCUUACACAAAGAGGACGCAUUUCGUGCUCUUGUCGAAAUCCAUGGAGAAGCGAAUCGGAGAAACCCAAUUUGAUCAGAUUAAAAAGACUUACAAGGGGAAAAUCCUACCUGCGAUUCACCCUGAGAGCAUUAGGGUUAGAUUGAUAGCUAAGGAGAUAAUUGACGCGUUGCAGAGAGGUUUGAGUCAUGAGCGUACGUGGAGUGAUUUAGGGUAUGCUUCAAUGGAUAGUACAAUGAGAGGUAGUGAUAAGGGAGUGAAGGAGACAGCAUUGGCUUUGAGUGAAGGUGGUGAUGAAGAGAUGAUGAGUUGGUCGAAAGAUGAUCAGAUUCUUGAUGAUAAAUGGAUUCAACAAAGCAGGAAGAAAGAUACAAAGUCAGCGAGCUCUCACCUCGAGGGGAUAAACUGGGAGGUGCUUGUGGUUAACGAGCCUACGGUUAACGCGUUUUGCAUGCCCGGUGGGAAGAUUGUAGUGUUUACUGGUUUGCUUGAACAUUUCAAGUCAGAUGCUGAAGUUGCCACUGUGAUUGGGCAUGAGGUUGGUCAUGCAGUGGCUCGGCAUGUAGCUGAGGGAAUAACAAAGAACUUAUGGUUUGCAAUACUUCAGCUUGUGCUUUAUCAGUUUGUGAUGCCCGAUCUUGUGAACACCAUGUCUGCUCUUUUCUUGAGGCUUCCUUUCUCCAGAAAGAUGGAGAUAGAAGCCGAUUACAUCGGUUUGCUAUUGCUCUCAUCUGCAGGAUACGACCCACGAAUAGCUCCCAAAGUGUAUGAGAAGCUGGGGAAGCUCGGGGGAGAUGCAGCACUCGGGGAAUAUUUAUCGACACAUCCCUCGGGGAAGAAGAGAUCACAGCUUUUGGCUCAAGCCCAUGUCAUGGAAGAAGCACUCAUGAUCUAUAGAGAAGUCCAAUCAGGUCGUGGCAUUGAAGGAUUUCUUUAGCCUUCCAUUCCAGUCAUUUUGCCUGAGUCUGUACAAAAUUACUAUUCAGUUUUUUUUUUCAAAUUCCAAAAAAGAAGAGUCUGUUGUUAGUUAUAUUGCAUCUAUUGCACUUUUUCUUUUGGUCGUUAACUGUAUAUAACACGUACCUAGUCCCAAUAUUGAUCCCUUUUUUUUGUCUAUAUGAAGAGACAAUGUAAA